AUGGCCCGCGCGCGGUCGAUGCCCAGCGCCCCAGCGGCGUCGGCCCCGCACAGCCGUCAGCGGGGGCGGAGUGUGCGAGCAGCAGCAGCAAGGCCGCCGCGGCCUCGUACCCCGCGGCCUAGAGCGCCGGCGUCCUCCGCCAAGGCCACCUCCUCCAUGAGUGCCCUGCGGCGGCGCAUGUCCUCGUCCUCCAUGGCCUGCCGCCGCCGCCACGCCCUCCACGCCCCGGCCCCGACCCCCACCUUCGCCGGCGACACCGCCGCGGCCUCGGAUUCGCCGCCGCCAUCAUCAUCGGCAUGCGCGGCGAGCGCGAGCAGCUGCAGUAGCGCCGCGGUGGCCUCAGACCCCGCCGCCCGGCACCGGCACCCUCCGCCAUGGCCAUCUCCUCCGCGAGUGCCCUGCAGCGGCGCUCGUCCUCGUCCUCCGCGGCCUGUCGCCGCCGCCGCACCCUCCACGCCCCCACCCCGGCCCCGCACCUAG